AACCCCGCCUUCCCAACAUUUCAACGUUGUCCUUUGUUCUCACACGCUGAACAGACUUAUCUCAUCGGCGCUUAAUAACAACCACUGCUGAAUUGAGCUCACUAUGCGUGAGAUUGUGCAUCUUCAAGCUGGCCAAUGUGGCAACCAAAUCGGCUCUGCCUUCUGGCAGACCAUUUCGGGCGAGCAUGGUUUGGAUAGCAGUGGCAUGUAUAAUGGGACCUCCGAACUACAGCUUGCGCGCAUAAACGUCUAUUUUAAUGAGACAUCCAGUAACAAGUAUGUGCCACGUGCCGUGCUCGUUGAUCUAGAACCUGGCACAAUGGAUGCGGUGCGCUCCGGCCCGCUUAGCCAGCUCUUUCGUCCCGACAACUUUGUCUUUGGACACUCGAGCGCCGGAAAUAACUGGGCUAAGGGUCACUACACCGAGGGCGCUGAGUUGAUUGAUCAGGUACUGGACGUGGUCCGUCGUGAGGCCGAAGGCUGCGACUCCCUCCAAGGCUUCCAAAUCACCCACUCGCUCGGUGGCGGUACGGGCUCCGGCAUGGGCACGCUGCUGAUUUCCAAGAUUCGUGAAGAGUUCCCGGAUCGUAUGAUGGCUACCUUCAGUGUAGUACCGUCUCCCAAGGUGUCUGAUACCGUCGUGGAGCCGUAUAAUGCCACGCUUUCGGUCCAUCAGCUGGUUGAAAAUUCAGAUGCGACUUUCUGUAUCGAUAAUGAGGCUCUGUAUGAUAUCUGCAAGGGUACCCUGAAGCUGUCGAAUCCUUCCUAUGGCGACCUUAAUCACCUUGUAUCAACCGUCAUGUCUGGGGUGUCAACUUCACUGCGCUUUCCCGGACAGCUAAACUCUGACCUUCGCAAGAUGGCCGUUAAUCUGGUAGGAAUAUCCGUUUUAUCAAGGCACAUAUCGCUGUAAUCGAAGAAUGUUGUGGCUAAGCAUUCCUCCUCCUCGUCUAGGUUCCCUUCCCCCGCCUACAUUUCUUCAUGGUUGGCUUUGCGCCCCUCACCAGCCGUGGCUCGCACUCGUUCAGUGCUGUCUCUAUCCCCGA